AUGACAAUUGCACAAGAUGCCAAUAUUGCUAACAGAUUCAACUCUAAGGGACAUAAGAAAUUGGCUUUAGAAAUAGAAACAGGGACUGGGCUGAUCAGUGAUCAAAAGAUCAUGAAAACCAAAACGUCUUCCGUGCAUAAUCUAAUGCUUGUUUCCAUUCUCUCCUCCAUAUUUGUUGUUACUCUGCUCAGCUUUCCCAGCCCAGCUGAAGCUGAUUAUCUAUACCAUGUCUACCCAAACACUACCACUUUCACCCCAAACUCCACCUUCCAGUCCAACCUCAACCGCCUCCUCUCCACCCUCUCCUCCAACGCCACCCGCCCCUCUGGCUUCUACAACGCCACCACCUCCUCCCGAACCCCAAACGACCCCAUCUACGGCCUCUUCCUCUGCAGCGGCGAUGUAGGAUUUGAUGCAUGCCAAGAUUGUGUAGCUACUGCAAUCAGAGACACGGUCCAAAAGUACUGCCCCUUAAGAAAAGUCACUAUAAUUUGGUACGAUGAUUGCAUGUUACGCUACUCAAACGUGUCUUUUUUCGGCAAUAUGGAUGAAGCCCCAAGAGUUUCUUUGUGGAACGCGGGAAAUAUUACUAAUCCAAACCGGUUUAAUGAGGUACUGGCGGAAACAAUCAAUGGCUUGGUGCCUGAGGCAGCAAAUAAGGCCUCCAGAGCUAAAAAGUUUGCGGCAAAAAAAACAAACUUUACAGCGUUUCAGGAGUUGUACAGCCUUGUGCAAUGCACGCCGGACCUGUCAAGCACCGCCUGUGAUCGGUGUCUUCGAGGAGCUAUUGCACUUCUUCCGGCUUGUUGUAAUGGGAAGCAAGGAGGAAGAGUUUUGUAUCCUAGUUGUAAUGUUAGAUAUGAAGUGUAUCCAUUUUAUACAUUUGUUACUGCCCCUCCUCCGCCACUGCUUCUUCCUCCUCCACCUCCAGCUUCAGUUACAAGGUCUCAAGGAAAUGAUGACCAAAUCUCAACUUUGGUCAUAGUGGCCAUUGUGGUUCCAAUUGCCAUAUUGCUCUUCUUGGUAGGCUGCUGUUUCUUAAGAAGAAGAGCAAGGAAAAAGUACAAUGUUAUACAACAACAAAAUGUGGGGAACGAAAUUAAUAGCGUGGAGUCAUUGCUGUUUGACUUGCGUACAAUUGAAGCAGCCACAGACAAUUUCUCAGAUCAGAACAGAUUAGGGGAAGGUGGCUUUGGUGAGGUUUAUAAGGGUACGCUUCCUGAUGGGCAACAAAUAGCUGUGAAGAGGUUAUCUAGCGGCUCCGGGCAAGGUGCCGAAGAGUUUAAAAAUGAGGUGGUUUUGGUAGCCAAGCUUCAGCACAGAAAUUUAGUGAGGCUAUUGGGAUUUUGCACUGAAGGAGAAGAAAAGAUACUUGUUUACGAGCUUGUGGAGAACAAAAGCCUUAACCACUUUCUAUUCGACUCUGAGAACCAAGUAAAAUUGGAUUGGUCAAGCAGAUACAAGAUUAUUGGCGGGAUUGCUCGAGGGCUUCUCUAUCUCCAUCAAGAUUCUCGGCUUAAAAUCAUACAUCGCGAUCUUAAAGCAAGCAACAUAUUGUUAGAUGGGGACAUGAACCCAAAAAUUGCAGAUUUUGGCAUGGCAAGAAUAGUUGGAGUUGACCAAACUCAAGGGAGCACAAGAAGGAUUGUGGGAACAUAUGGUUACAUGCCUCCAGAAUAUGCAAUGCACGGACAGUUCUCUGUGAAGUCCGAUGUGUACAGUCUUGGUGUCCUGAUCUUAGAGAUUUUAACUGGCAAGAAGAACACUAGUUUCUAUAACUCAGACCGUGGCGAAGACCUCUUGAGCUAUGCUUGGAGACAUUGGAGGGACGGGACACCCUUAGAAUUAUUGGAUCCAAAUCUAAGAGAUUCUUAUGCAAAAGCUGAAGUAACUAGAUGUGUCCAUAUCGGGUUACUCUGUGUUCAGGAAAUUCCAGAUGAGAGACCCACAAUGCAAUCCGUAGUUCUCGUGCUAAGCAGUUACUCUGUUACUAUGGCAUUACCUCAAAAGCCAGCACUUUUCCUGCAUAGUGGAACAGAGCUGAACAUGCCAUCGUUAACCACUGAAUCAUCUGAUCAAACUACUAGCAAGUCGUUGCCAUUUUCUGUUAACGAAGUAUCAAUUACUGAAUUAUACCCGCGUUAUUUAAGAUUAUUGAUUAUCAAAAUGCCUUCCUUCAAUCUCAAUGUGUUGAUGACCCUUAUGCUUGGCUUGCUUAGCCUUAGCAGUUUGAGUGAAGCUGAUUACCGCUCCCACGUCUGUUCUAACACAACCCGUUUCACUCCCAACAGCACCUACGAAUUCAAUCUUAAUCUGCUGCUCUCUUCACUCACCUCCAAUGCCACCUGUGAACUUGGUUUCUACAACACUACCGCCGGCUCCCAAGACCCCAACACUGCAGUUUACGGCUCCUUUCUAUGCCGUGCUGAUCUCACAUCAGAUGCAUGCCAAGAUUGUGUGGCUACUGCAGCCAGAGACGCGGUCCAAGAGUACUGCCCCUUAAGAAAAGUCACCACAAUUUGGUACGACGAUUGCAUGUUACGCUACUCAAACGUGUCUUUUUUUGGCCAUAUGGACCAAGGCCCAAAAGUUUAUAUGUUUAGCGCGGGAAACGUUACUGAACCAAUCAGGUUUAAUCAGUUGCUGUCAAAAACAAUCACUGGAUUGGUGCCUGUGGCAGUAAAUGCGGCCUCCGGUGCUAAAAAGUUUGCGACAAAAGAAGUGAACUUUACAGGGUUUCAGGACUUGUACAGCCUUGUGCAAUGCACGCCAGACCUGUCAAGCACCGAUUGUGAUCGGUGUCUUCGAGGAGCUAUUGCGCUUCUUCCGGCUUGUUGUAAUGGGAAGCCAGGGGCAAGAGUUUUGUGUCCUAGUUGUAAUGUUAGAUAUGAAUUCUAUCCAUUUUAUACUAGAGUUGCUGCCCCACCAACACCACUGCUUCUUCCUCCUCCACCUCCAGCUUCAGUUUCAAGAUCUCAAGGAAAUGAUGACCAAAUCUCAUCUUUACCCAUAGUGGCCAUUGUGGUUCCAAUUCCCAUAUUGCUUUUCUUGGUAGGCUGCUGUUUCUUCAGAAGAAGAGCAAGGAAAAAGUACAAUGUUAAACAACAACAAAAUGUGGGGAGCGAAAUUAGUAGUGUGGAGUCAUUGCAGUUUGAUUUGCAUACAAUUGAAGCAGCCACAGAAAAUUUCUCUGAUCAGAACAAGUUAGGGGAAGGUGGCUUUGGUGAGGUUUACAAGGGUACACUCCCUGAUGGGCUACAAAUAGCUGUGAAGAGGUUAUCUACAGGCUCCGGGCAAGGUGCCGAAGAGUUUAAGAAUGAGGUUGUUUUGAUAGCUAAGCUUCAGCACAGAAAUUUAGUGAGGCUACUGGGAUUUUGCUCUGAAAGAGAAGAAAAGAUACUUGUUUACGAACUUAUGGAGAACAAAAGCCUUGACCACUUUCUAUUCGGCUCUGAGAACCAAGUAAAAUUGGAUUGGUCAAGCAGAUACAAGAUUAUUGGGAUCCAUGCUCGAGGGCUUCUCUAUCUCCAUCAAGAUUCUCGGCUUAAAAUCAUACAUCGUGAUCUUAAAGCAGGCAACGUAUUGUUAGAUGGGAACAUGAACCCAAAAAUUGCAGAUUUUGGCAUGGCAAGAAUAUUUGGUGUUGACCAAACUCAAGGAAGUACAAGAAGGAUUGUGGGAACAUAUGGUUACAUGCCUCCAGAAUAUGCAAUGUAUGGACAGUUCUCUGUGAAGUCCGACGUGUACAGUCUUGGUGUCUUGAUCUUAGAGAUUGUAACUGGCAAGAAGAACACUAGUUUCUAUAACUCGGACCGUGGUGAAGACCUCUUGAGCUAUGCUUGGAGACAUUGGAGGGAUGGGGCACCCUUAGAAUUAUUGGAUCCAAAUCUAAGAGAUUCUUACGAAAAAACUGAAGUAAUUAGAUGUGUCCAUAUUGGGUUACUCUGUGUUCAGGAAAUUCCAGAUGAGAGACCGACAAUGCAAUCCAUAGUUCUCAUGCUAAGCAGUUACUCUGUUACUAUGGCAUUACCUGAAAAGCCAGCAUUUUUCAUGCAUAGUAGAACAGAGCUGAACAUGCCCUCAUUAACAACUGAAUCAUCUGAUCCAACUACUAGCAACCCGUUGCCAUUUUCUGUUAACGAAGCAUCAAUUACUGAAUUAUACCCCCGUUAGUGUAUAUCGAACAAUCUUGCAGGACUGUACUUAGGAAGUUCUUUGAUUUUGUUUCA